AUGGUCGAUUACAUUGGUGGUUUCAAACUACGCGAUCUCAAGAAAAGAGGAGUCUUCGUCGACCUGCCGAGGCACUGGCAUGUUCUGAACAUAGGGCAUCUACUCGCAGAGAACGUUCCUGUCUAUUACUUCUGGCAGGAAGAUAACGACGACUACCCCUGCUUCGCGCGGCUGUCUCCAACUAUACUGCAAGCCUACCACGAUGCCUGCGACACUCUGGACAGGUCGGAGCUCUUGGAGGGUGACAUGAUGGGCUUCCAAGACGACAUUGAUGCCAUCAAGCAAUACGAUGAGUUUUUUCAACUACGAAGAACGCCCGAUCACACCUCUUCCCCUUCUUUCUCUGACAUCCCUCCCAACGCGACAGUAUACAUUUGCGAUUUCGAGGGGUGGUCAGUGAGACUUGUGAUCGACGAUUCCCUGAUCGAGGAUUACGCGGGGAGGUAUCAUUUCUGCAUCGAGACGGAUGAGUCAGACAGCUACGUCACCAUCUGGCGCUGGAAACCACGGCGGCUAGAUACGGGAGGAGGUCAGCGCGCAGGCGGCUGGGGCCCAGGAUCUACUACAGAGGCAUGUUGGGGAGAUCGAGAAAUCCGCGAGCUUUUCAAAGCAGGCCACGCUCCCAUUGGCAAAGCGCGUUUUGACGAGUGCGGUAGAAUCACCCUAGUCAGUCGCCUGGGGGAUGUCUACGAAGACAACGACAUAAGCUCCGUAGAAGCAGACGCGCUUGAUGGGACUCAUCUUCUCCCUCGCCCACAUUGGGUCCCAGCUUCCCACCCACCGCUCUUGGUGCCAACUCCGGCUUCCCCACUUAAUGUCGCUUCGAAAUGGAUACAAUCCAUGGUCGCCCCUUCUAGUCAUUCAGGCUCCAGGGCUUCUUCAGCAGCCAGACUCUCACAUAGUUCCGGCGAGCGAGAUCUUCGUACACGUUCUGCAUCUCCCGACCGCGGGCGGACUGCGUCUAGGGACCAAUUACCCGAAGGACGAGCAGCCUACAUCAACGACCUGCGCAGUUUGGGCAGUCAGUACGCAACGCCAGUCAGCGCGUGGGUUAGCAAGAAACCCCUGGAGUGGAAUGUUGACUACCUCGACAUCAGAUUCCUGCUGGUACCCGAUAAGAAAGCUCAGGCUUGUCUCUGUUACUGGGCGGCUUGUUCUCGUGACGUUUCCACAAUGGCGGAAGUGCUUCUCAAAGCUAUCACUCACGGAAUUCCCUUUAGCAUCGGCGUCAAAGUUGAAGAUUUUGGCAGGUUCAAACCCGAGGAAGUCUCCGACACAGACCGUGUAGUAGGGAAACCCACUUGCAUGAUGGAACCGCCGUUUGCCUACACCGCCCCAGGGGCUCUGAAGGCCUACUACAUGAGCCGCAUCAACAAUAUUAUCCGACGGCCUCACGCGAGGAUCUUGGUGGGACUAGGUGGCCCAGAAGCUUGGCUUGGCCACAAAUGGGGCGGCCCAGAGCUAGUUGCUCAAUUUAUGGACGGACCAUCUCCGGACGUCUACUUACACAGGCGAGGCUAUAUCGACUCAGACGACGAAAACCCUAUGUUUCUUUACACUGAUGAAAUGAGUCCUCAGGAGAUUGAUGUCAUCUUCGGCUGCAUCCGCAGUGAUAUUGACAGAGACCGCUCCUUAUAUCCUUCGCGGGACAUCCUGGAUGACGAUUGUUUUUUCUGGACCGGAGAGUGGGACGAUCACAUGGAAAAUAUGUUCGCCGACCUUACAAAGGAAAUCCUGCAGGGUUCCGCAAAGUUCAGAACCCCAGGAAUGUGGAAUGAU